CUCCACCACUCCAAAAAAUCUCCACUUCCCACACCCAUUAUUAUUAAAAUCCCACCUCCAAAAGUUUCCUCUUCAAUCCGAUCAUGUGGCGGUUGGCGGCGGAGCUGAGGAGAAACCUCCACAACAUAAGGAAGAGCCCACGAGUGGCAGAUGAAAGCAUGUACGGCGGCGGCGGCGGCGACGGCGGCGGAAUUGUGGCGGAAAGAGACCGGAGAGGAGGGAAUUCAUAUGGGUUUUCGAUGAUUUACAGCGUUCUUCGGACCCCAUUUUCGGUUCUGUGUUGCUUCUCUCAACCGCACGUUAAUGGCGCCGACGGGCUGUGGGUCUCCGGCGAGUUCGCCAGAAUAUCGGAAGUCAACCAUCUUAUGGUAAGCGACAGCAUGAGAUAUGCAAUCUUAAUGUAAAUAAAAAUAUGGAAAAUGGAGGCUUAAUUUCGAUUGUAUCUGGUUUUCAAGGACACAAAUCGAUGCUACCACCAUAAUUAUAAUUAUUAUUAUACACCCAUUGGAACAAACAUAGCUUGGGUUCAACUUUUUUUUUUGUUUCCCUUCUUUCCUUAGAACAUAGUAUUACGAUUGUGGGUGGAGAUUGAAAUCUUUAAUGGAAAAGUUACUGAUGUGGAAAUUGAAUUAUGCUCAAAUUUUACAA